CUGUUUUGCAUGGCUCUGCAUAGCAGAGCCAUACAAAGCAGUGUGCUUACAGUGAAGCACACACACACACAGCACACAGUAAAACAGCACACAGUUAACCUUUGGUCGCCCCAGAUGUUAACCCCUUCCUGCCCAGUGUCAUUAGUACAGAGCAGGGGCGGACUGACAACUCAUGGGGCCACUGGGCAAUAGGGGAUCAUGGGGCCUCUGUGUCCUUGCCCAAACUCAAAAAAGCCUAUGAAAAAGGUACCAGGGGCAUCUCAUGGGGCCCCCUACCGCCCCCCGGGCCCUCGGGCAGUGCCCAAGUUUCCAAAUGGUCAGUCUGCCCCUGUU